AUGGCAUCCAUGAACAACCCACUGGUGUGUGCACCACUAGAAUGUGAAACUAUGGAAGAAAUGGAAACUUCCAUGGAAAAGGCAAAAUCAGAAGGUGCAAAUAUUGUUGAACUUUGCAUUGAUGCCGUAUCACACUUUCACAUUUCUCAGGUUGAGAAUCUCAUAAAGUUAAGAACUCUGCCUGCAAUUGUGUCUUUCAGCAAGGCUACAUGCUUAGAAGUAAUGAGAGUGGCACUCGAAUUAGAGGUGGAAUUUAUUGAAGUGGAUUAUAAGAUGGCUUGUGAGGUCAGCGUUUGGGAAUAUAAAAAUCAGAAUCCCAAUAGCAAAUUUAUUGUAUCAAGCUAUGUCAAUGGAGGGAACCUGUCAGCUGAGGCACUAGGGGAUCUGAUUGCAGAGAUGCAAUUUACAGGAGCUGAUGUUGUCAAACUCAAAAUGGAUGUGAAUUAUAUAACAGAUUUAGUACCAAUUUUUCGGAUGCUCACACAUUGCCAGGUUCCCCUCAUUGCUAUUGCAGUAGGGAGCAGAGGCCUAAUAUGCCAAUUACUGGGUCCAAAAUUUGGUGGAUUUUUGGUGUAUGGAUCUUUGGAGGGAAAACCCAUACCUGGCUUGCCCACUCUAGUGAGCCUUAAGCAUGUUUAUAAAUUGGAAUAUGUGAAUGCAGAUACUAAAGUUUUUGGUCUCGUUUCAAAUCCAGUAGGCCAUAGUAAAGGGCCUUUUUUGCACAACCCUGCCUUUAGAUUUGCAGGAUAUAAUGGAAUUUAUGUGCCGAUGCUUGUUGAUGAUAUAAAAGAGUUCUUUAAUACCUACACAGGCAUGGACUUCGCUGGUUUCAGUGUUGGAAUCCCACAUAAAGAGGCAGCAAUCAGUUGUUGUGAUGAAGUCCAUCCACUUGCCAAGUCUAUUGGAGCUGUAAAUACAAUAAUAAGGAGGCCUAAUGAUGGAAAGCUGAUUGGUUACAAUACAGAUUGUGAGGCUUCAAUCACAGCAAUAGAGGACGCAUUGAGAGGGAGGAAACAUGUAAAUGGGGAAGCAUCACAUACUUCUCCAAUUGCUGGGAAAGUAUUUGUUUUGGUUGGAGCAGGAGGUGCUGGAAGGGCACUUGCCUAUGGUGCAAAAAGUAGGGGGGCUCGUGUUGUCAUUUUCAACCGCAAUUAUGAGAGAGCAAAAGCUCUUGCACAUGCAGUUUCAGGGGAAGCUCUACCAUACGAAUUCUUGGAUAGAUUUUCCCCAGAAAGCAGGAUGAUCCUAGCAAAUGCGUCUUCUGUGGGAAUGGAACCAAAUUCAAAUGAAAGUCCUAUAACAAAGGGAGCCUUGAGAUCAUAUGAGCUAGUGUUUGAUGCUGUUUACACACCUAGAAAUACAAGGCUCUUGCAGGAGGCUUCUGAGGCUGGAGCCAUUGUGGUGAGUGGAGUUGAAAUGUUCAUUAGACAGGCUCUUGGCCAAUUCCGGCUUUUUACAGGAGGAUUAGCUCCAGAAGAUUUCAUGCGCAAGCUUAUUCUGGAAAAAUUUUGAUUUCUUCACAUCAUAUUGAAUCAGUAACAAGAUAUUGUCAACAUCUAUUUGUAACAUUAUAUCUUGUUACUGAAACAAUAAACAUAAAGAG